GACUUUCAUGGCGAUUUAGUAAUUGCCUGCUUCCGGGGUCGCGGAGUUGACCGGCCGAAGCCCCCAAUCUCGGAAGAGACCGCUGGAAUAAAGGUUGUCGGCUACCCCUGGUAUUCUCCUGUCCCUUCGAAAACACCUGGAGUGGCUUAAGCGAAUAUACUUUCAAAGAUCGGCUCGUUACCAUCAGAGUUGCCCAAAUUAGGUACCUGCAGCUCUACAAGAUGGGAGAAUUCAUAUCGCAAGCUCGAAAACUCGCAUGGAGUUCCGAUAAAUCUUCGGAUCCUGCCGAGCCACCUUCCGUGAAGAGAAUAUCACGCUCUGCUCCGUUAUCAGACUUUAUUGAGGCCUUGGAGAAGGACGGUUGUGUCAUUAUCAAAGAUUUCACCGACGUGGCAACACUGAAGCAGUCGAUGGACGAGGUGAAACCAUGGCUUGAAAAGCAGGAUACAGGCGCGAAAGUCGGUGCAUUGCAAGGCAAAACGAGAACAGUGACGAAACUUAUUGGGAGGAGUGAAACGGUGCGAGAGAAGUUCUUCGCCGAUCCGCUCUAUCAAGACCUCUGCGAACAUUUUCUAGGCCUGGAAACGACACACUGGUAUGGGCCGGAUCCUUUGACGACCAAAAGCGAUCCACUAUUGUCGAUUUCUAUCACGUUUGAUAUUCCUCCCGGCACCCCAGCUCAAGGACUACACCGUGACGACAAGAACCAUCAUGCUCGUCAUUCAAAAGCUAAAUCCUAUGAGAAGGGUCGUGACCUUCUGCUCGGCCUGUUCGUUCCAGCAUGCAAUACAAUGAAAGCCAAUGGCGCAACAAGGAUUGUGCCAGGUAGCCAUUUGUGGGGCGAUGAGAUGCCGGAUUUUGGCCCUGAUGGUAAUGAAGGAGUGACCGACGCAGAAAUGCAAAUGGGCGAAGCAUUCAUCAUGCUCGGCUCUCUCUACCAUGGUGGAGGUGCAUACGAUAAGGCCCUUGGAACUGGAGAGGAUGCGGCCACAGAGCGAAGGACAGUACAUGCUAUGUUCUCCUGCACCGGGGUGCAUCGACAGGAAGAGAUCUCUUUCCUCUCUUAUCCCAUUGAGGAUGUCAAAACUUAUUCGAAGAUUGUGCAGGAGCGGCUGGGGUGGAAACAAAGUGAACCCAAUUUGGGUUGGGUUGAUCUCAAGAGCCCAGAAUUCAUGCUCGCUUAAACGACCCAAACCCUCCUCGACAGAUCGCUCCUGUCGUGGCUAAUGCCAUGCCG